AUGCGGCCCGGGUACCUCCCGCAGAUCCUCAGUGGCCCGAUAGCCGCGGGGCUUCUCGCGCUGAGCACGCGGAGGCAGCCCUGCCCCGCUCCUCUGGGGCCGCCGAGCUGCCCAGAGACGUGCGCGGAAGCACCGCCCUGCGUGUGCCCAGGGACGCCGGCGUGCGUGUGCCCGGAGCCUGCGGCCUGCCCGCUGACGAAGCUCGGCUGGGAGGAGGUGCUGAUUCGGUACGAUGGGGGCGACGCUUGCCACGAGCGGGUGGCCCCGUGGCCGCAGACGCACGCCAGCUGGGUCGUACGGAUCGUCGGCCUGCGCUCAUGCGGGCGUCUUCCCCGGCUCGACAAGCCCGCCUAUAGGUUCAAGCAGGCGCUCGACCUGGGCGCCCUGAAGGGGUACGCCCGCGAGGGCCGACCCUCCGCCGUCCGCCCGGCCCUGCAGGACGGUGCCGCGGCGGGUGACCCGCCGAUCGAGGUCGCGGACGUGGUGAUGCCCAAUCGCGAGGCUGCCGGCUCCGACGCGGGCGCGGCCCCUGCGCUGGCGGCCGUCGGCGACGACGCCAGCCCAGCGUAUCCCCAGGCGGGGCCGCUGGACAUGCCGCGUGGCCACGCGUGGGUGCUCAUGGAGGGCGGCCGCGCUGACGACCUCGGCGACGAGCUGGUGCUGGGACCAGGCGGCCUCAGGCUGUCGGACUACGACGCGAUGAUCCUCCGUCGGGGGCAGUGCCGCCGGCCCGAGCUCAGCCCCCCCAUGGAGGGGGGCGAGUUCGUGCGAGCCCGCCGAGAGGAGCUGGCGGGUCAGCUGAG